AUGAUAAAUAUAACAGUACAAAAUUGUUCUUCAUUGUCUUGCUGUAAAGCAGGAAACUCUGGCUCCAUAGCACCUGCCGCCGGCAACUUUGGAGUGUACCCUAGUAUUACUAUACAACAAAGGACCUUUGAGGAUACUUUGACAUCCCAGAUAACUAUAGAGGAAAGUCUUAGACCGCCGAAGGAAGCAGAAAAAGGGAGAAAUGAUGAAGAUGUCCAACGUCUGCGGUCGGAUGUCUGCCAUUUGGUUCAAGAACUGGAGGCGGCUCGAAAUCUACUGGACUCCAUGUCUGCUAAAUUCGAAGAGUACGCCGAAGAGACAAACGGGCUGAAGAAGUUCGUCAUAGCCCAGCAGGAAACUAUUCAGCACUUGCAAAAGAAGAAUGAAGCGAAUGAACGCCAGCUUGAGCUGGCAAACCAGAAUAUGAUGACGCUUCAAGAACAGAUCUCAAGCCAAAACAAGGUAAGAGAAUCUUUAGAAUUGGAAGCGAUCAUGAGAGACAGGAAGAUCGACACACUGGAAAAUAUGGUCGCUGAGCAGGAAACAAGGAUCGAUGAACUGGAAGCUGACAAGCAAAGGAUGGAGGUACAGAUCGAAGAACUUCAAGUGGAUAAGGACUUGGAAGUACUAAGCCUCCGAGAAGAAAUCGAGUCGCUCAGAGAAAUAAUACGAGGGCUAGAGGAGGAGAGGCCCAAAUGCGAGGUCGACAGUCCACGAUCCGACACCACCCAGUUCGAAACGGAAAUGGAAGUGUCUCUGGUGAGUUGGACGGAAUCUACGUCCUUACACGACAUUCCUGCAUAUCUGGCUGAAUCGGAGACUGAACAAAUUCAUGAAUGUCCAUGCCAGGACAUACAUGUCUUACCAACAGGUCUCCCAGAUGACACUGUCGUCGUUCCAAGCCUUAGACAAGAGGAAAAAGAGGCCAUUCCGACUCUGGAGGAAGAGAAAACCUCUCCCAUUCCUCAACUUGUACCAGAGGUCAUUCCCACUUUGGAGGAUUACAUACCUGCCACCCAAAGCGAGGCCUCAAAGGAUGACCUCAUCAAAAACUCACAUGACACCACAGCUGGCCCGGAUGAGGAACCAUUAAAUCGCAGCCUCAAUAGUCCGACUUCCACCAUUGAACUUCCAGAACAACAAUUUGCUUCUCCGAGAUUGGAUUUCAGCAUGGAGAAGCAAAAGUUUCGGGAGGAGAGAGAAGUCUUCAUGCAGGAGAGGGAAGACUUCUCGAAAGAGAAGGCGCAACUCAAACAGUCCUACAAGAAGAUGGAGAAAAUUGCGAGUAAUCUUGACAUACAGACAGAAAAACUGAUGUUAGACCAGGAAGUGUACGAAAGGAAUGCAGAACAAUUGGCCAAACGAGAAAAGGCUCUGGAUGCACAUGAACAACGUCUAGGCAGACUCGAGGAAAUUCUAGAAGAACAGAAAGAAGUGUACCUACUGUGGGAAGUGGAUUUCCAGGCCGCACAAGAAGAACUGAAACGAGGUAAGGAGGAGUUGCAGCAACGGGAAGACGACCUGAAUAUGAGACAGAAGAUUUUGGAGGAAAAAGAAGAAGAGUUGAAGCAACUGGAAGAAAAUUAUUGA